UUUGGCCAAUUACAGCGAGGAUAUCAACGGCUACGUGUCGAGUUGGGGGAUACGCAGUGCAUUACGAGGAGCAAACUUGAUCCCUACGAACAUGGCGAUGAAGCGCGUUCUGCUGCUCGCGGCGGCGAUGGCGAUGGCUACCGCACAGGGCGAAGUCAUCAACCAGUCGGCUAAGCGCACGUUUGACCUGACCAAGCACGUGGUGCGCGAGUACACCGAGUUCCAAUUCUCCGACGCUGAUGCCGAGGUGACUGAAUACGAUGUGGCCUUCCCACGCGCACUGGAGACGCAUCUGGCCUACGUGUCCGCUCGCUGCGGCAAGACUCCCUGCGAGAUCGUUCCUGCCACGCAAAAGCACGCAGCCAAGGCUAAGACGCCCGAGGACGCCGCACUUUACACGGUUCUGCUUAAGAAACCCGUAGCUAAGGGAGAAACUGGCAGCGUCAAGGUCACGGCUUACUUCACGCGCGUGCUUACGCCGUACCCGGCGGAGAUUACGCAAAAGGAGGACCAGCUCGUGCUCUUCGACGCCAGCCACCUCAUCACCUCGCCCUAUCUCACCAAGACGCAGACCACUAAGCUUAAACUUCCUUCAGGCAAUGUGGAGAGCGUUCGUGCCGCCGAGCCCAUCUCCAGGAAGGGCUCUGUGGUUACGCUCGGACCUUACACGGACGUUAAGGCAUUCGCUGCCGGUGUUGAGUCCUCGCCUCUGAGUGUGCACUACAAAAACCACUCCCCGUUCAUGACCAUCACUAAACUUACGCGUGAGAUUGAAGUGUCCAUGUGGGGCCGUGUAUCUUUCGAGGAGGUCUACGACUUGGAACACACUGGUGCCAAGCUGAAGGGAGGCUUCUCGCGCUACGACUACGUACAGCUCCACCAGCGCAGCGCCUCGUUCCACGAGAUGCACGCGCACCUGCCCAAGGACUCCGUUAACGUGUACUACCGCGACCAGAUCGGUAACAUCUCCACUUCUCGCCUGCGUCCUGCCAGCCGUACGGGCUCGCACCAGGAUCUCGAGUUCAAGCCGCGCUUCCCUCUCUUUGGAGGCUGGAAGAGUCAGUGGUACCUCGGCUACUCGGUCCCCACGUACUCGGUACUGACGCAUGUUGGGGACAAGUUCAAGCUCGAGGUUGACUUCUCCACGCCCGUCCAGGGAGCCUCUGUGGACGACCUGACUGUGAAGGUUAUCCUACCCGAGGGCGCCACUAACGUGCAGGUGAACGUGCCGUUCAGUCUGGACAGCUCAAGUGAGACCACGCGUCAGACGUACCUGGACACGCCCGCUAUUGGUCGACCUGUGGUGAUUCUGGACAAGAAGAACGUGGUGGCUUCCCACAAUGUCCCCUUUGAAGUGACCUUCGACUUCCCGCAGCAGUUCAUGCUGCACGAGCCACUGCUGUUGGUGUCAGCCUUCUUGGCUUUCUUCAUCAUUUGCAUGUUCCUCUUCCGUCUGGACAUCAGCAUCGCUAAGAAGCCUGUGCAGAAGAAGAAGACCGAGUAAGUUGACGUGAUUAAAGAGCAGACAAAACGUUGCUUAAACAAAACACUCUUUAACGGGCUAGAAACACACUUUAACCCAAUGUCGUACAUACGGUGUCUGUAAAGCAAGCGUUAAACACUUAAGACAGAGAGUGUUUUAGAGU